AAGAAAAAUAAUUAAAAAAACUUCUUUUUUUUUUCGUUUUCUCCCAAAUCUCUGGAAAUCGUGUAAUAUUAAUUACAUAAAAAAAAUAAAAAAAUAAAAGCGAAGAUCGUCGAUCCAGCAGCGAGUCAAUACGCCUAUGAUUGUUGUAUGCUUGUGAAAGCAAGAUGGUGAAGUUGACUAUGAUUGCUCGUGUGACUGAUGGUCUUCCUUUAGCGGAGGGGCUGGAUGAUGGCCGUGAUAUCCAAGAUGCAGAUUUCUAUAAGCAGCAAGCCAAGUCCUUGUUCAAGAACCUCUCUAUGGGCCAUAUUGAGGCAUCAAGGAUGUCUGUUGAAACUGGGCCUUAUAUUUUCCAUUAUAACAUUGAAGGCCGUGUUUGUUAUUUGACAAUGUGUGACCGCUCUUAUCCCAAGAAACUUGCUUUUCAAUACCUAGAAGACCUCAAGAAUGAGUUUGAGCGUAUCAAUGGGAAUCAAAUUGAAACUGCUGCUAGACCAUAUGCUUUUAUUAAAUUUGAUACAUUCAUACAGAAGACAAAGAAACUGUACCAGGACACCAGAACUCAGCGCAAUAUUACAAAGUUGAAUGAUGAACUCUACGAAGUUCAUCAGAUAAUGACUCGAAAUGUACAAGAAGUUUUAGGUGUUGGUGAAAAGUUGGAUCAGGUCAGUCAGAUGUCCAGUCGCUUGACAUCAGAAUCCCGCAUAUAUGCUGAUAAAGCUAGAGAUUUAAACCGUCAGGCUCUGAUUCGGAAAUGGGCACCCGUCGCUAUUGUCAUUGGAGUUGUUAUUCUCCUCUUCUGGGCGAAAAAUAAGAUUUGGUGAUGCGGCUAUUCCACAUGCAGCUUAGAGAAGUGUUAUCACUCUUGGAUACUUGCUGAUUUUGCAGCAUCAAACCUAACAUUUCAAGGUAGCUGUCGUGUUGUUUGCGCAAUGAAGGGAGGCUUUUUGCGGAUGAGACACUCAAGCAAUGAGUUUGAUAUUAAUGCAAGACAGAUAAACCAUGAUGAGCCAUGUUGGUAAACAUUGAGAAAUGAUAUUAAUCUUAAUCCCCUCAGCAUAUUUUGCCUUGCUAAAUUUUAAAAUUUGAAGUGCAACAUUUAUUGUAGUGCUGAGUUGAUCAGUUGCAACUUUUGACAUAUUAAAAUACAGCUAUAAGAUUACAGUGUCUGUAUCUA